CAGCGCGAGCAGCAGAAGCUCUGUUCAGUCACUGGUGGGGAGUCGCAUGUAUCAUCUCUGGAUUUUCUCUUCAAUUGCGCUUCUCAUGUCUCUCCCUCUGUUUCUCUUUUAAUCCGUGUCGCAGUUAAAGAAAGGCAGAGAGGGGAAAGGGCGUGAAGAGAAUAGCGAACCGGUCCCGAAUCAUUCCAGAUGGCUGCCUCUGAAUCAGUGGAUGAGAUUGGGUUUUCGGGUUCAGAGCUGUGAGGAGCUGGUGUUCCGGCGAGAGGCUUUUCUGUCACAGCAGUGCCUCUGGCUUGGUUUUAAGGUUCGUUGGAAGUCAGGAGAAAUCUCUGGACAUGGAGGGUUGCUAGUUUGAAGAAGGAUACAGAGAGUUUGUCUGUUGUUCGCAGCUGCUAACUUUCCAAUCGCAAAUUCCUCAAGUGGCCUGCCUUUGAAGCAAAAUUGCCAGUUUUGUGAGAUGGUCACAUGACUGGAGUAUGAUUACCAACAAAGCCAGUUUGCAGCUUUAGCCCAGCUGAGAGAACAAUCAGAGACUCCCACCCACACACGCUCCCACACAUGUGCGGCUUUUGCCAUGAAUUUGGCCACCAAGCUGCGGAGGAAUCUGAGGAGGCUUGUCAUCCUCCUCGCCACCUUCUGUAUGGUCAGUGUUUUGGUCUCCGCCUAUUACCUUUACACCGGCUCCACCCAAGAACUGGACCUCGCAGACCGCGCCAUAGACUCAGACUGUGCCAGUCUCCGGGCGCUCCCUUUCCGUCAGUCAGAGCCUCGGACGCCUAAACCAAUAGAUCCAUCUCGAAAGGACCCAGUGGUGCUGGUAUUUGUGGAGAGUCAGUAUUCUCAACUUGGACAGGACAUUAUUGCCAUACUAGAAUCCAACCAAUUCCGUUACCAUGCCGAAAUCGCUCCGGGCAAGGGUGACAUUCCACCGCUGACACAUAAAGGCCGUGGGCGCUAUGCACUGGUCAUCUACGAAAACCUUCUCAAGUAUGUCGGGAUGGACGCGUGGAACCGGGACUUGCUGGAUAAAUAUUGUGCCGAAUACAGCGUCGGCGUCAUCGCAUUUCACCGCGCAAGUGAAAACUCCCAGCCUGCUUUACCUCUGAAGGGUUUCCCCAUGACGUUACGAACAAAUGUUGCACUUCAAGACUGCUGCGUGAACCCACGCUCACCUGUGCUCUACGUGACGCGAGCGGAAGUCGACCGAGGGUCACUACCGGGAGAGGAUUGGACUGUGUUUCAGUUCAACCACUCUACGUAUGAACCAGUGCUUUUGGCCAAAACACGUCCCCGUGAGAACGGGGCAGCACAGGUGCUACCCCACGGGCUCUAUGCUACUGUUAUACAAGACUUGGGUCUGUAUGAUGGGUUGCAGCGUGUGCUGUUUGGUCAUGGGCUGAGCUACUGGUUGCACAGACUUAUAUUGGUGGAUGCCAUUGCCUAUCUCACAGGCAGGAAGCUGUCACGAUCUCUGGAGCGCUAUAUCCUGGUUGACGUCGACGAUAUUUUCGUGGGGAAGAAAGGGACAAGAAUGAAUGUAAAUGACGUGAAGGCUCUUCUGGAAACACAGAAUUCUUUAAGGUCGUACAUCUCAAACUUCACCUUCAAUUUGGGAUUUUCCGGGAAAUUCUUCCAUACAGGUACACAGGAGGAAGACGAUGGAGAUGACCUGUUGUUGAAAUAUGUUGAUGAGUUCUGGUGGUUUCCUCACAUGUGGAGUCAUAUGCAGCCUCAUCUCUUCCACAAUGAGUCCUCUCUGAUGGAACAAAUGAUUCUAAACAAAGACUUCGCUCUGGAGCAUGGUAUUCCAGUAGAUCUGGGAUAUGCAGUGGCCCCUCAUCAUUCCGGCGUGUAUCCAGUCCAUAUUCAGCUGUACGAGGCUUGGAAGAAAGCUUGGGGCAUACGAGUGACCAGUACGGAGGAAUACCCACACUUAAAACCUGCACGUCAUCGCAAAGGAUUCAUCCACAACAACAUCAUGGUGCUGCCCCGUCAGACAUGUGGCUUAUUCACCCACACCAUCUUCUAUAAGGAGUAUCCAGGUGGCCCUAAGGAGCUUGACAGAAGUAUACAGGGAGGAGAACUGUUUCUCACCGUCCUCCUUAACCCUAUCAGUAUAUUCAUGACUCAUCUCUCCAACUACGGGAACGACCGCUUGGGAUUAUAUACGUUCACAAACCUGGCUAACUUCCUCAAGUGUUGGACAAACCUGAGGUUGCACACGCUUCCCCCCCUGCAGCUGGCGCACAAGUACUUCACACUGUUUCCUGAACAGAGAGACCCGCUCUGGCAGAACCCAUGUGACGACAAGCGGCACAAGGACAUCUGGUCCAAAGAAAAGACUUGCGACAGGCUGCCAAAGUUCAUGGUGGUCGGGCCUCAGAAAACAGGCACGACAGCACUCUACCUCUUCCUUAUCAUGCAUCCUUUCAUCUCCAGCAACUUCCCCAGUGCGAAAACAUUUGAGGAAGUUCAGUUUUUCAACACCAACAAUUACCACAAAGGCAUCGACUGGUAUAUGGACUUUUUUCCCGUACCAUCUAAUGUCAGUACUGACUUCCUGUUUGAGAAAAGUGCAAACUACUUUCCCUCUGAGGACACACCCAAAAGAGCCGCCGCCCUGCUGCCCAAAGCCAAGAUCCUCACUCUGCUGAUCAACCCUUCAGACAGGGCCUACAGCUGGUACCAGCAUCAAAGUGCUCACCAAGACUCAGCAGCAUUGCAGUUCAGCUUCUAUGAAGUCAUUUCUGCUGACCAGCUCGCUUCACCAGAGCUGCGCUCUCUCCAGAACCGUUGUCUCAUACCCGGACUCUACGCCACACAUCUGGAGAGAUGGCUCACCUUCUACCCUCCAAACCAGCUGAUGAUUAUAGACGGACAGCAGUUGCGAAAUGAUCCAGCCAAAGUGAUGGAUGAGGUUCAGAGAUUUCUGGGUGUCACUCCUUAUUACAACUACUCCCAGGCACUCAUGUUCGAUCCUCAGAAGGGCUUCUGGUGUCAGCUGCUGGAAGGGGGUCGGACUAAGUGUUUGGGGAAGAGUAAGGGGCGAAAAUACCCCCCCAUGGACUCUGAGUCCCGAGCUUUCCUCUCCAGGUUCUACAGGGAUCAGAACAUUGAAUUAUCUAAGCUGCUACACAGAUUGGGUCAGCCUCUACCAGCCUGGCUCAGAGAGGAACUACAGAAGGUCAGGUAGCCCUAACCAAACCACCGCUGCUCCGGUUCAUAACUCAAAGGAAACUGAACACUUGAACAGCACUGAAUGCCACCUACCUGCAAGUUUGCGGUGCAAAGAUAAAAAGAUUCAACUCACCCGUCAUUGGAACAAAACGGUUGGAUGUGUCCAUGGCAACAUGGAAUAUUUGCUGCAGACUGUCACAAUUUGAAUAGACACAACAGACAGUGAGAUGCGCUGAUGUACAUGUGACCCUUGAACUUCACACGCAGCCAAAGACGGACUGCGUGACGAGAAUACUUCAGUUUACUUCAGACUUCCAGUUGUCUUAUAUUUGCUGUCAUUUCCCCCAUCAGACACUGAAUAUAUGUACUGCAUUUAGAUUUUAUACUUCAAGAGAUUUAGAACCAAGUUAGUCAAUAUCUGGCACAACCGCUGUUCAUGACCUCACAUGAUCAAUCAGCCAAUCACAGAAAAGAUGCAAAAUUGUAAGAAUCAAGAGCACAGACAAGCUGCAGUCAGCUUACAGCAUCGGCUUUAAAUUGGUCAGUGGAGUGAUGUCAUCAUGAUGUCAUGUCUCAGUCCACGUCUCGGUUAAUAUUUUGGCCUGAAGAGUGAAAAUCAUUCGAGUUUCAGUUUGUGUGUGUGUGUGUGUGUGUGAACGUAUGUGUGUGUGUCUCGGCAUAUGUCUGUAGCCAGGUAGCCUUAGCUCCACCCACUUGACUGCAACUGGUUGGCUGAUGAAUUUGAAGUGUGACUUUUAUUUUUGAAAACAAUUUGCCUCAAUAUGGUGAGAAAGUGCUUUGAGAAAUAUGUAAAUAACUAUAUAUAUUCAAUAAACACUGGACAGU